AUGUUGCAAGGGAAUGUCCUUGUCUGGAACUGUCGGGGGAUAGUCAAUACUGCGACGCAGAGAGCUUUGGUGGAUCUGGUCCACGCUAAGAAACCUUUCCUCAUCUUCUUAUCAGAAACCCUAGCUGCAAAGCAAUUGAUUGACUCCAUUACCAAUCGCCUGUGUUUUGCUGAUAAUAUUUGCGUCCAAAAAGGACCAAACUCCCAGGGGCUUGCAAUGCUGUGGUCUCAUGAACUCCAUGUUGAUCUGCGUACCAAGUCCCCGCAUCAUAUUGAUGUUGAAGUUCGGGAAAAAGAUACAGAUGAGGUCUGGCGUUUCACGGGUCUGUAUGGGUAUGCUGCAAGAGAAGAUAGACAUCGAACAUGGUCCUUGAUUGAUGCCCUAGCUGCUGAAACGUGUGCCCUACCUUGGCUCAUGGCCGGGGAUUUCAAUGAGCUCAUGGUUAGAGCCGAUAAGUCAGGGGGUCCUCCUCGUGCAAUUGCUCCAAUGGCUCUUUUUAGACAGACUAUGGAGGCUGCUGGCCUUAGUGAUAUGGGUUUUUAUGGUUGCCGUUUUACAUGGUUUAACAAGUUCAUAAAAGAGCGUUUAGACAGGAGCUUCACGUCUGCCUCAUGGAAGGCUAUAUUCCCCUUAAGCAGAACACUCACGUUGCCCCCCUCUGAUUCAGACCAUAACCCCCUAUUGAUUGAGGCUAGGGCUGCAAGAGAUCCGGUGAAUAGGCGUCCUCGUAAGUUCCGUUUUGAGGAGGUCUGGCAUGGAAAUCCGCAGUGCUUGAAUAUUAUUCAAAGAAAUUGGUCCUCCCCACUUACUGGCAACAUGAUGAAACAGUUAGGGUCCAAGAUACUCUCUACGGGGCAGCAACUUUUGGAAUGGCAUGUUACUGAUUUCCAAAGACAAAAACUGGAGCUACGUGAAGUGCAAAGCAAACUGUUGGAUAUCAUGCAGCAACCUUAUUCUGUCGAACAAUAUGAAGAACAACGGCGACUGCAUGUAAAGCAGAGUCAAUUGCUCUCUCUUGAAGAAAAGUAUUGGAGACAGCGAUCACGGGCUAUAUGGUUAAAGGAUGGGGAUAGGAAUUCGGCAUUUUUUCACAGGAAGGCCUCUAACAGGAAGAGUAGAAACACCAUCAGGGGUUUAAUGAAUACUGAUGGGGUGUGGACCACUGAUCCGCAAGAGAUAAAGCAGCUUCUCCUUAACUUUUAUAAUAUGACCUUCACGUCUGAGGGUGUAAAUGAGUCUGCCAUUUCUGAAGUCUUCCGAGCUACACCUAUGAAGGUCACAUCAACCAUGAAUGAGGUUCUCAAUGCUCCAUACUCGGAUGAAGAAAUCAAAACUGCCUUAUUCCAAAUGCAUCCAUCAAAAAGCCCGGGUCCGGAUGGUAUGUCUCCUUUCUUUUUCCAAAAAUAUUGGAAUAUUGUUGGACUAGAUGUGUGUACUGCUAUACGUAACUUUCUGCAGUUUGGAGAGAUCUGGGAGGAAUCUAAUUUCACAUAUAUAUGCUUAAUUCCAAAAAUCAAGAAUCCUACUGUGGCUUCACAUUUUCGUCCCAUAGCAUUGUGCAAUGUUAUUCACAGGAUCAGUUCCAAGGUCAUUGCAAACCGACUGAAGAAAUGGCUUCCAGACAUCAUCUCUCCACUUCAGAGUGCAUAUGUUCCUGAUAGGCUAAUCUCUGACAAUACGCUUGUUGCCACUGAGGCAGCUCACUUUAUGCACAAACUCACCACUCAAGACGAAGGGUUUUUCUCUCUUAAGUUGGACAUUAGUAAAGCCUAUGACCGGCUGGAAUGGUCUUUCCUGCAGGCUAUGUUGGUGAAACUAGGUUUUUCGCCUACGUGGAUCUCCAUGGUUAUGAGUUGUGUGACUACUGUUAGCUAUGCCAUUCUUGUGCAGGGCGAGCCAUCCGAGACUAUCGUCCCGACAAGGGGUAUCCGGCAAGGGGACCCGCUCUCGCCCUACUUGUUUAUCUUAUGUGCGGAGGGUUUAUCAUCCUUAAUAACUCAGGCUGUUGAGUCAGGAGCGCUUCAGGGCCUCAAAAUGUGUCCGCAAGCUCCAAAACUACAUCAUCUUUUCUUUGCUGAUGACAGUCUCUUAUUUGGGACAGCUACUUUGGAGGAAUGUCAUACUGUUAGACAAAUUUUGAACACUUAUGAGCGGGCUUCUGGUCAGAAAGUUAAUUUCCAGAAGAGUAGUGUUGUUUUUAGUCGGAAUGUGCCCGUGCAUACUCAAACUCAACUUGCUGCAGUUUUAGAAGUCAAGUGUGAAACAGAGCAUGAUCGGUAUUUGGGUCUCCCAUUGCGUGUUGGCCGGUCUAAAACUCAGAUUUUCCAGUACAUUAAGGAGAAAUUGUCCAAGAAGCUCAUUAAUUGGAUAGCCAAGAUACUUAGUUGUGCAGGAAAGGAGAUCCUCAUCAAAGCUGUAGCUCAGACUAUGCCUCUAUAUGCAAUGAAUUGUUACUUGUUGCCCAAGGUUUUGUGUGAUGAUAUUCAUAAACUAUGUGCAUCUUUCUUUUGGGGGGAUACAGAUGACAAAAAGAAGAUCCAUUGGAGAAGUUGGGAACGGUUAUGUCUGACAAAGCAUGAAGGAGGUAUGGGUUUUAAGAAUUUAUAUGCUUAUAACCUAGCUAUGUUGGCCAAGCAAGGGUGGCGACUUGUUACAAAUCCAUCUUCACUAAUUGCCAAACUGUACAAAGCUAGAUACUUUCCAAAUUGUGAUUUUUGGCAUGCUGAGUUAGGGGAAGCUCCAUCGUUUUCUUGGAGAAGCAUUCUUGCAGGUCGACCUAUCCUCAAGGCUGGUAUUAAAUGGCAAAUUGGGGAUGGUACGAAUGUUAACAUAUGGAGUGAGCAAUGGAUACCGAACUGUUCACAGGUCCUUCUCCAACGACCUUCAAACACAGCGGUGGAACUUGUCUCUGAUCUUAUUGAUCCAUCGACUCGGCAAUGGAUUCCGGACAUUGUUUAUGGAGUCUUUCAUCCACCAGUUGCGGCCAAAGUGCUUAGUAUCCCACUGGGCAGGCAUGGUUCCUGUGACAAGUAUUAUUGGUCUCCUAAUAGAAGGGGUUGGUAUACAGUGAAGAGUGCAUACUGGAUAGCAAGAACGCAUGUCCUUGAUAAUGCACUAGCCUCGUCAUCUCAUGGAGAUCCUUUCCAAGUGUUGUGGAAAAGGAUUUGGAAGGCCCAAAUACCAGGCAAAGUUCAGAUAUGUGCCUGGAGAGCAUGUUGUACUCUUCUACCCACCAGGGAAAGGCUUACUACCAAAGGGUAUGCGGGAGAGCUUUCCUGCCCGGUAUGCCACGCUGUGGUGGAAGACUCAGCUCAUCUCUUCUGUAAGUGCCCUAUAGCUACUACCCUACUGUCCCAAGCUCCCUUUCAUUUGCAGGAGACGCUACUUCCUAAUCUCACCUUUCGGGAAUGGAUGUUGGAGCAAGCUCUCCAUCUCAAUAUGGGGGUUUUUGAGCAACUUCUAAUGGUUAUAUGGGGGCUAUGGAAGAAUCGAAACAUGAACCUCUGGGAGAACAAAGCCAGUUCGGCCUCGGAGAUCUUCUUUAGUUGUUUUACCUGGUUAGAGGAAUUUCAGCGUGCUCGAGCUAAAGAGACUAUACCCCCCACACGCAUAAACAGAGUUUGGCGCCCAGAACAUGAGGAUAGUCUCACUUUAAAUGUUGAUGGUGCUUUUCUUCCCCAACUAACCAAAUGUGGUCUUGGGGGAAUCCUUCGUAAUACUCAGGGUGAAGUCCAGGCUGCUUACCAAAUUGCAGUUCAUUGUGUCAGCUCGGCUAUGCACGCUGAACUCCUGGCCAUCAAAGCAGGCUUGCAACUCAUUGAUUUGUAUCAUUACCAGUCGGUGUGUAUCACUUCGGAUUGUUUGUUAGCUGUCCAAGAUAUCAACAGCAGCUCUCCCACUCUUUCAGAGUAUGGGAACUUGAUUGAGGAAAUCCAAUUCAUGCUAAGUCAUGUGCAGCAAGUUCGUCUCUCCUAUACCCCUCGUACUUGUAAUAAAAUAGCACAUAGGUUGGCUAGUUUAGCUUUUGAAUCUGAAGAGACCUUCUGUUGUCUUCAGACCACUCCGGAUUGCAUCCGAGACAUUGUACUAAAGGAGAUUCCUCCUCCUGCUUAG